UGAAAAUUGCCUCGAUCUUCCGAAUCGCCAUGCCUGUCUUGCCGAAAUGUCUAUCGGGUUUCACUGUCAUUCCAAUUGCAUAUCCGAGCUCAUCACAUUUCAUCUAUGCAAGAGCUCAUACCCCUCCUAAAUCCAAAACGUUGAAAUCUAAAAAUGUUCUGCCUGAAGGACGCACACUAUUCCUAGUCAACGUACCGCCAGAUGCGACCGAGCGUGAGCUCACACUGCUAUUCAAAGAUUGUGGGACAGUAGAACGCGUCUUAUUUGAUUUCAACUCGACCGACGCUCCGGAAGAGCACACAUCCGAUUCUGACGAGGAGAUGGUCGAGGCUGCUGAAAAAUCCGAUACUGAAGCACGACCUCGCAAGAAAAGGAAGCUCCAAACUUCCGAGCCUACGCCUCCUAAAAUGAUACCCCUCCCUUCUCCAUCCCUUCGCACACUGCGCAAAACUGGGUCUUGUGCCCAUCUCAUAUUUCUCGAUUCGUCAUCUCUUGCAAAAGCUCUUUCGCCCCCUACAUCACCCAAACCAUGGCCAUCCUCGGAGGAGCCCCGUGGUCUCUCUCACUAUAUGGCAAAAUAUGAUAAUGAGCGGCCUCCGUUAGACACUAUCAAAGCUCACGCAGACAGCUUUAUGGAAUGCUUCGAAUUUGAUCUUUCAAAGAGUAAACAAGAAGCCAAGUACCGCAAAGGGGAAGCAAUCGUGGACGAGGAUGGAUUCACACUGGUCACUAGAGGAGGUGCUUAUGGACAAACACUUGGCGGAGGUGUGGGCGUUGCCAGCAAGAAGUUCAUGCUCACUGGGCAAAUUGGGGGUAGAAAAAAGAAGGACAAAAAGAAGGAGAAGGAUGCGUUCUAUGCCUUCCAGAAGGCUGAAAAACAACGAAAAGUUAUACUCGACAUGAAAAAGAACUUCGAGGUGGACAAACAACGCAUAGAAAAACUGAAGGAAUCACGGCGGUUCAAGCCUUAUUAAUGAUCUUUGCCAAACGUUUAGGAAAGUGGGUAUAGCAUAUCACGAAUACGAUAUAAUGUAAGGUACCGGAGUUUUUCGUUCUAACGGGCGAGUCAAUAUCCCUUGAUUCAGCGGGUGUGCUCCGUCAGGGUGUAUACAUCAGCGAUCUCCCUCGCUUGUGAUUAUUUCAGUUGUAUUUUGAAGAAUUCUCUUGACAGGCCGCCGACCGUAUGGGUCCCGUCGAGUGGGUGAUGAACGUCAACGACAAUAAAUGAGUGCGAUCAGCGAGUCGCC